AGGAAACAGUUUAUCAAUAACACCCCAUCUUUUAAAACUUCUCUUUCUAUGAUGUUACUUAAAGUGCCCUUCAUUCUAUAUUAAUUAUUGGUUCAAUUCCCUGAGCCCAGCACAACAAAGAAGGCAGCACAAAGCAUCCCAAGGAUAUUUUGGCGCCAGUCAGAAUUCCCCCUCGUGAUCGAAUUUGGCAUCAGGCGAUUGUCUAAUCCAAAACAGCUCCUUUUUAUAUAAUGUAUCUUUGCGACACUUUGUGCCUGAAUCGGCGUUUACAUAUGAUGGAACAACAGCCUCGGUAAGAAAAAAACUUUAGUGCUACAACUAUUGCCUCAGGUUCAUACAUAGCAGAAAAUCUCUUUGCAAAAUACAUCCCCAUCAGUCUGCGAAGGCGGCCACGCCCACUUCCCGUGACAGUUCAGCUCCUCCCACUCCAAAGAAGCCGCAGUGCUAUGUCCGCCGGUGGUGUCACAGUGAGUGUGGGCGGGCAGCACUACUCCAGUACAGGCGGACGGACAUGGAACACUAUUCAGCAGUCUUAAUACUCUUGUAUAGGCUACUUCUGGCCGCCGACUUGUACCUCGGGGCCGCUGUUGGGAAUGUACCCGUAACCAUUACGAUGCCCCCGCAAGGAGCAGCUGGAUUCGGCGCUAGCAGUGUCCAGACCCCUGUGUUCACUUUAUCCCAACCGUCCAUUGAUUCGGCUUUAGCGUCCAAAACCCAAAGGCAGCACCUCACACUACUAUUUCAACGCUAUGGGGAGAAUAACCAGACCCUGACCCUGUCCGGCUUCCGGAAACUAAUAAAGAACCUUGGAGUGCAGAGGCUGAAGAGCGUACACCAUGGUCAUCGCCACCAUCACCACCAUGAUCAUCAGCCGCAUGCUUCCGGCCGAGCUCUAGAGUGCGGCACUGCCAGACAGAAACGACACGUGACAGAUGGACACCAACAUAGCACGAAGGAGAAACCGCAUUCAGUGGCCGAGUCCAGCAGGGUUUCCGAGGGAGCUAACCUGGAGUGUUUGAAUGCCUCCAGUCUGCUUAUGUCUCAUGGAAUGGGUAUACAAGUUCUUCUUGGUACAACUGAAUUUGGCUAUAUCUGUCCAGCAAUUAUUAAUCAGAUCGACAGGGGAUCCUGCCUUAUUCAUGCACCUGAAAAAGCUUUGGCUGAAAUUAGCCAAAAUAUUUAUUCCGUGAAAGUUGCUUGGAUUGGCGGUUGUAUAUCUAUCACCAUUAUUAGUGUCCUGUCAUUGCUGGGUGUUAUUUUGCUGCCCCUGAUGAAUCGAGUCUUCUUCAAGUUUUUGCUAAGCUUUCUAGUGGCUUUGGCUGUUGGCACCUUGAGUGGGGAUGCAUUUUUACAUCUACUUCCACAUUCCCAUGCAAAACACUACCACAGCCAUGGAAGUUCGCAAAAUAGAAGCAGUGAAGCAUUUGAAGAAGAAGAAGAAAUGGCUCAUUUAGAUGCAACAUGGAAGGGGCUAACAGUACUUGGAGGCCUGUACUUUAUGUUUUUGGUGGAACAUUUGAUCACAUUGGUCAAGCAGUAUAAAGACAAGAAGCAAAAGAGUCAAAAAAAAGCAGAAUUUCAGGACUUAGUAGUUAAGAAGACUCAGUCUAACCAUUCAAAUGUUGAAGAAAAGGGUGCCCCUGACACCGGUUCUCACCAUGAAAGCUACAUGGAAGGUGGGAAACCGGAUGCUUCUCAACCCCAACAGCCAGCUGGAUUUGAAGAAGAAGAAGAAGAAUUGGAAGAAGAAGACAUAAUGAUUGCUCAUUCCCACAAUAAACCAAACUAUCUUGAAUAUGUGUCAAGAGGGUGUGAGAAUAAAUGCCAUUCCCACUUACAUGACACUCUGGGGCAGACUGAUGACAUGAGCCAUCACCAUCAUGACUAUCAUCAUAUCCUUCACCAUCACCACCAUCAAAAUCACCAUCCACACAGCCAUUCGCAACGCUUUUCCAGGGAAGAACUUAAAGAUGCUGGCAUUGCUACUUUGGCCUGGAUGGUUAUUAUGGGUGAUGGACUGCACAAUUUUGGUGAUGGGUUAGCAAUAGGAGCAGCCUUUACUGAUGGUUUAUCCAGUGGAUUAAGCACUUCCGUUGCAGUUUUUUGUCAUGAACUGCCUCAUGAGCUAGGGGAUUUUGCAGUUCUUCUGAAAUCUGGUAUGACUGUCCGACAAGCAGUAAUGUACAAUGGCUUAUCCGCCAUGCUUGCAUACCUAGGGAUGAUAACUGGUAUACUCAUUGGACAUUAUGCAGAAAAUGUGUCAAUGUGGAUAUUCGCCCUUACUGCUGGUUUAUUUAUGUAUGUAGCGUUUGUUGAUAUGGUGCCUGAGAUGUUGCAUAAUGAUGCAAGCGAUCAUGGCUGUAGCCGCUGGGGAUACUUCCUGUUACAAAAUGUUGGAAUUCUGUUAGGAUUUUUCAUCAUGUUGGUUAUUUCUGUCUUUGAACACAAAAUUGUGUUUAAUCUAGACAUUUAGGUUAAGUUUGCAUUGAUGGUGAAAAUGAAAGUAUAUUUUCUACUUUUACAUUGUUACAUAUGCAUAAACUGCAGUUUUUUAAUGUAACUUUUUGUUAGUAAUUUUGUAAAAAUAUGAUUUGUUACAAAUUGUACAAAAGACAACCAUGCAUAGGCGCUUGACUUCAAAGAAGAUGCAGUCAAACUGCAGCAAGCUACAUUCACAAACUGGAUCUUUGUGCCAAACCAGUGAAAGACUACAUUUUUUACCAUUUUAUUUAUUUAUUUAAUAUGUAAUAACACUUCUUAAACCAACAUUAAAAUGCCUUAUUGACCUUA